AUUUUCUACAGCUGUAUCUAAUUUACGUUGUGGGAUAACACUAAAGAAGGCUUUUUCCCAGUCAUUUUGCUUGAUGUACUCAAUUAAUAUCUCAUACACUUGAUUGACUGUGAGUACACGUCUAGUGGACAAUUUUAUGUACUUUGAAAUUGGCAACGCGGCUACAGACAUGCCCAAGUUCUUUGCUUUAUCUACUGUAAUGUUCUUCAAUCUAUUGUGAUCGACCAUCGCACCUAUUAUGUAAUGUUUGGAUGUAUCGAGUUCAGUCAAUACGUUGUCAGUGUCUGCUGUGAGAUAUACACAGUCUUUAACGUCGUAGGCCUCCUCAACUGGUUUAUCAGUGAAUGAUAUCUUAUCAAGAUCCCAUCCUGUAUUCAAUGUGUCUAAUCUUUGUUUGAGUUUUCCAUUGUAUGAGGUGACGUUGAGCGAUGUAGGCUGUUUUGUAUGUCUAUUAAGAGAAUAGCAGCUAGUUAAUUGAUUGGAUAAACUAAUAACUUCUCUAUCAACUUGUAAAUCGUCGAAUGCACAAUCCAUGACGACGUUCACGCCUGAGUGUACGAUAUCAGCUUUAUUUGGCGCUUUCCUAUUCAGCUUCUGCUUCUUCAAUUCGUUCAAAUACUCAACGUCAUUCUCCUGCUUUGCUUUUGCGAUACGCUGCUUCUUCCUUUCUCUAUCUUGUGCUCUACGCAAGGGCUUCUGCUCUUUUAAUCUCUCUAACUUCGCCUGUUUUUUCUGCUGACUUUUACUAUUAGGAUCUGGCGGCGUUUGUCCCGUCAUCUUCGUUGUUGCGAACAACCAAGAGAUGAGCAACCAUAAGUCUUUUUUUAGUAGAUUUAUCAGUCCCCAUAAGUUACAUCGGCAGUCUAGUCAGACUACCCUCAGUUCAUCUCCUUCUUCGAGCUCACCAUCUAUCAAUAUCAAUGAAGCUAUCCAACUAUUCGUAGAUGAACCAUCAUCUAGCUUAGUAUGGAGUUUGGUAUCUGCUAUAGAUCCACAGGGCAUGGGCUAUUCACUUUCAAAAUCUAAUUUCAACGCUAUUUUAUCCAUCAAGCAUUUACUCAUCAGUGAUACAACACCCUUGAAUAUCAGAAUACCAGGAUUUCAUUUACUAGCGACAGCUUUAUUACAACACCAUCCUGAUUCAAACAUCCGUGUUAGUUUGUUUGUAGAUAUCGUUAGCUUCCCCUUACCGAACAUGGACAUUCCUGAAUUAGCUGCACGAUUGAACGCUUUAUACAAUCUCACCAAGUCAGGAAAAGAAGGUGGCGCUUAUCCUUCAUUCUCCCAUAUUAUUCGUCGAUGGUUGAGAAAGUCCAGUCAGGCACUAUCGCAGGAUCGAUUACAGUAUCAAUCGAUGCAUUCCAAAUUCACUUCAAUCGAGAAUGCUACAUUAAUACAAAGGGUUCACAUACGUUUAAUUAGUUUAAUUGAAGGUUACAUAAAAUCUAAUAUAUCUCAAAUACGCUCUGCAAACCUUACAAAGUUGGUUCUUGGUUCAUUGAAUACAAUUAAUCCAACAAAUCCAAACCCAAUUGAAACACCGUGCAUUUUAAGGUUAUUGCAAUCCGUAUUAUCUUACGCGUAUGUACCAAACAGUACAGUCGAAAGAGUCGUAUUCGCUCUUUGCGCCGUAAUUGGAUCACAAGCGCAAUCUUUACCUUAUCCAGAUAGUGAAACAACAUGGGAUGAAGCUGGUUGGUCUGUAUUGAGAAACUUGUUGCGUAGUCAGUGCGCAAACAUUGCAGCUAAAGCGAUACGUGAAAUUUCUACAAGCCAGCCAUACCCACCAAUUCAAGCUCAUCUUGGUGCUCUCAAAGCUAUCAGAUUCUGUCUGCAAAAAGCUAAAGAGAAAGCACACGAUAAGCAAGUGCGUACUGAAUCUGGUGCUCCAAAAUCUACGCCUUCCUUCACCGGUGAAGAAGAUGCUGUUAAUGUCUUCACUCCUGUAUUCGUUUGUCCUGUUUAUCAAGCAGCUCUUAAACGGAAUUCACCGCUACUUGAUCAAGAAAUUUGGAAAUUUGCGAAAGAUUGGCUUGAUGAGCUUGAUCAGUUUGAGAUUGAUGAAACAGCUGAAAAUAUGGAGAAUAGUGCGGGUUCAUUGCAGCAGCUCUCACAGGAUUCAUCUGAAGAAGAAAUUGCGAUGGGUAGGCAACUACUAGUAUCGCUAUUGGAAGCUGGUAGAGAUAGAGUGCACAAAUUCAGAUACCCAGAUCAAAGCAUCUUUAAGCUCUAUCCACCACAUCCAUCACCUCAAUCGCUCAAAAUACAUGAUUUCUCAGUUCCACCUCAAUUACCACUUUAUGCAACCAUUUUAUCGAGAAUUCAAUAUAUUGCUUUCAAGAAGCGUCAAAUGCCUCAAGGUUUACCUUCCCUCUUAUUGGAUUUGUCCUCACAUUUGGACGCGUCUUCAGCAUUAGCACUCAUUGACUAUCAGAAGGCAGCAGGUCGCUGUGAUCCUUCAGAUGAGCGUUGGUUGCAUCAUUUAUUCGAUUUAGUGCAGAGGUUUUAUUUGCCAAUUCCAUCAUCAACCAGCUCUAUCGUUUCACCACAUCAGCCAUUACCUGCUAGUUCAACCGUACGGCAAUCUGUUGCUCAUCUUCUUUUCGAAACUACGUUUGAGAUUUUAAGAGAUGUUCAGAGAUUCAGACGUCCGCUCUUGGAAAGAUUGACUGUACCAUUGUUAGAACAAACAAUGGCAUUCGAAACAGAUCCUGAAGUUGAAAGUAUAGCGUGGGACUUCUUGUGUACUGUUGCAGUUAUCGAAGCUGUCGAAGAAGAUGAAGAAGAUCGUAAGAAACGUGAUGGCGAGAUCAACGAUGGAAAUGAUGAUGAAACCAAAGAAGAAGAUGCUGAAAGUGAUGUGACAGAAAAUAAUGACAUAUAUCCACCUGUCAUAGGUCAUGUUGCGCUGCUUCCAGUUAAUUUUUCAAGAAUAAGUACACUUCUACGCUCAUUAGCGACACUCCCUGAAACCGAACCUGUUGGUGGUAUACGGAAUCUCCCUGACGGCAGGUCACAGAGAAGUUCAAUGUCAUCACAAUCAACAGUACUCACAAUUUCACCUGGUGAAAUUCGCUUACCAACUGAUGCACCACGCACUAUGAUGAGCUUGGUGAGUGCACCUGCAGUCCAAUCAUCGAGUACGACAUCACCUCAUCGUCGGACAUCAGUAAUGCACUCGAAAUCAAGAGAGAGGAGUGUCGGUAGAGAAAGAGCAUCAUUCUCCUCGUCUGCUAGGGAUAUCUCUGGUAGACAGACUCAGCCUACUAGUGCAUCUGCAAGCACAACAUCAUCGCCAAAAUCUGCUAAUACGGCUUUACCUACAGCCUCACCCGUAAGGGCUGGCGAAGAGCAUCAUUUCAUCUUCCCACCAACGCAGUAUUUGUCAACGAAUCAAAUUCGUUCUAAGGCUGUUGGUGCAGUGAUAACACUCAUCCACGUUUUUGAUAAAUUGGCAUUCUCACCACCUCAUUCACUCACCACAAACAAACUCGCGCGUGCACCUGCAUCGAGGAGAUGUAUAUUGAUUAUCAGAGAAUUGUUAAAUUUACUCACUCCACCUAUCGAAGAGAACGUUGAUAGUCCAACAAAUUCACCUAAAAUACAACCAAAGCUUACAGAAAAGAGGAUUUCACCAACUGCAAGAAUUCAUGCUUUACAAUUCCUGUUCCACUUGAGAGCAGAUAGGGAUUAUAGAAUAUUUGCAGACAUUGAUCUAGAUGAGGCAAUACAGCCAUCAGCUAGUAUUUUAAGACGUGUGAGACAAGAUAUUGGCAUAAAUGAAGAAGAAAGAGGUAGAGGUAGAACAUCCAGAAGAGCAGAUAUACGUGGUAGAUCUAGAGAUCAAUUGGAUAAGGAUUUAGAAAAGCGUUUACACGAUAGGAGUAGAUCUGCAUCAAGACCACCAAACGCUGCUGGUAUGACAACAAGUGGUGCGUCGCAAUUACAAUCUCCUCGUGAUAUGUUAUGGAUGGUACCAGAACAAUUACCAUUCGAGCUUACUAGAUCAUCGAGACCGGCUGAGGGUAUGGUAACUCAUGAUCCCGAUACAGCUACCGAUAAGCAAGUUCCAUUACCAGUUAGUGAAUAUAUUAGCGCUUUAGUUAAUAUAUUAGAGUAUGAAACUGAUUGGGAAAUCGUCAGUUAUGUACUUUGUCAGUUACCUUUACAAUUAGCCAAUAAGAACUUCUUUUCUGGACCAAGAGCUGCCGAUUCACUUCGUGAUUUGCGGCGGCUUUUAUGUAAUGGUUUAUUACGUGAUAAGCUUUGCGAACAUGUCAAUCUUCCUGGUGGAAUAAAGCGCACGGAGGUUUAUGCAGUUGCUUACCAAUCUUUAACAGUCUUGGUAGCCUACCGCCGUCUAUUCGAUAAAAGUUCACAUGAUGAAAUGAUUGAAGCAUUCCUUCAAGGAUUGUCAAGAUAUCACUCUACAGCCAGACCGUGCGUUCAUGCUCUCGUACUUUGUUGUUAUGAGUUACAGAAUUCCAUGGUUAGGUAUAUGGGCAGUGCUAUACAAAAGUUAUCGCAAAUUAUGUCAGCUGCUAGUAUGGGUAGUCAUAUACUUGAAUUAUUGGUCAGUGUUGGACAUAUGCCUACUUUAUUUAGCAACUUCACAGAGGCUGAUUAUCGUAGAGUAUUCGGAAUGACUUUGCAAUAUAUACAAUACCAUAAUGCAAUCAACGCAGAUCCUGGUUCGCGUCCUGGAACGAUAGCUGAAAGUACACUUUCUGAGCAUGUUUUGUCGAUCGCAUAUUACAAUAUAUACAUAUGGUUCCUAUCUUUGAAACUUAAAGAUAGAUCACAUUACGUACCGAUUAUCAUUCGUGGACUUUUAGUCGCAAAUGAACAUUCAGGUAAAAUUGACGAACAAUCGGAGGUUUGCUUCGAUAUGAUUAUGAGAUAUGCUUAUUCGAAUGUCAAUCCUCGUACAAUCAGGUCGCCAUUAGCAGAACUUCUUUUAUCACCAACGCCAAAUAGUUAUGCGAAGAAAGCACCUGGUACUUUCAAGCAAUGGGUAAUGGGUAAUGCUGUCAUAUCCGUUGAAGCGCUUGAUAGAGCUGGUUGGGUACAAAUUAUAAUAAGAAGGCCAUCCGGAUCAACGACAUUAUUAUCUAAACUUGAAAACUUCUCACUUGUUGGUUCGGAAACUGAUCUUGUUGAUAUUACAACAGUCAGGACAGCUUUGAUGACAGGUUCGCUGCCAACAUCCGUAAUGAGGACUAACAAAGACCCAACUGUUCUGCGUGCUCCUUCACUUAAUCUUGAUAGUGAUGAUUAUAGUUCUGAACGAGAAGUUGGAAGUGAAAUUGACAACGAUGAAGAUGAAGAUGAAGAAGGCUCGAAUGAAGAGGAAACUGCAACAAUUCAUCCUGAUGUUGAAUACCCAACUCAGCUUCAAGAUUUGGUAUUACCUGAACAUAUUAUGCUUCAAUUAUCAACUUACCCUAACACACAUCCAACAGCUAGAUUGAUGCCAAAUAAUACUGCGACUGAGAGAUUUAUAAGAUCAUUGGAAAGUCAUCAAGUUGUAGAUUCUCAUAAAAUUGGUGUCAUCUUCGUUGGUAGAGGUCAAUCUAAUGAAACCGAUAUACUUCUAAAUACCCAUGGCUCACCACAAUAUGUUAGAUUUUUAAGUAAAUUAGGUCACUUGAUUAGACUUAAAGGACAUGAUGGAUAUGUUGGAGGUUUAGAUAAAGAACAAGAUAUGGAUGGUAAAUAUGCUUACGCUUGGUGGGAUGAUAUAGAUCAAGUUAUCUUUCACGUUGCAACAUUAAUGCCAAAUCAUCCACAUGAUCUACAAGCGAGGUUUAAGAAAGCUCACAUUGGUAAUGAUUUCGUUAGAAUAGUUUGGAAUGGUAGUGGAUUACCUUACCAAUUUAAUACGAUUUCAACAGAUUUCAAUUACAUUAAUAUAGUUAUAAGUCCACAUUCUAAAGGUGUACCUGUACAUAGGGGCGCAUUUAAUACGAAAGUUCCACCGAUUGGUGUCGCAAUAGAUGAGGACAACAUUGAUGAAUUUUAUCGUGUUGAAUUACAAAUAAAGGAAGGUAUGCCCUCAUUUGGACCAAUUGGAGAUUUCAAAAUAGUUUCAACUGAUGCUUUACCUGACUUAAUACGUCAGAUGGCAUUAUUUGCUGAUUUAUUAGCACAAGUUUACGUACAGGUUGAUCUCGAACAGGAGUUUGUUAGUAGUUGGCGUAGACGUUUACAAACUAUCAAGAGAUACAGAGAGCGUGAUCUACCUGAGAUGGAUAUACCACCACCGGCUGAAGGUAUUCUUGGUGAGGAGGUAUCAAGAGACUUCUCGAGAUUUGUUUAGUUAUGUUCUAUUUACAUUUAAUGCAUUGUUUAACAGUUGUUUAAUAC